AUGUUGGAUCGCGUAGCUAAUCCUCAGUUCCUCGCACUUCGGCAACUCGCGAAAGAUGUGACUGUGCGACUGUCCGAUCCCUUCGGCGAUCAGUCGCAGCAGAUUGUGGAUGCGUUUGGUGUGGCGCCGCGACAUGGCUGGGCCGUGGCAGCGACGCAUCAAGGACUCUCUCUCUUUGAUGUACGGGCGUUGCGUGCGACGUUCAUAGACGCGGAACGAAAUACGACGCCUACGGCGGUGCCCAUGCAUACGUGCCAUACCACCACAGAGCCUUCUCUAGGCGCUCCGAUCCAGUUCGUGAAGCUCUCCAGUGAUGAAGAGCACUUGAUGGCAUCGCUGAGCAAUGGCAAAAUUGUCAUCUGGCCCACCAAAGGGCUAAGCACGGGCUUCGGUGCGCCUUGCGUAAUCGAGCCGCCGUCUAGUGCGACGUGCCUCCGAGCUUUGCUGCCCAACCCGGACGAUCAUGCGAAUCUCUGCUUAGCCCUGUAUGAUACAACAGCGUCGCCUACGCCGCAAGGCACAGCAUAUCUUCUCGAUAUGGCUCAGGGAACGUGGGUCGCUACCCUACCCACGGAAGCGGUGACGUCAGCCGCCUGGUCGACGCGUGGCAAGCAGUUGGUGCUUGGUACUCUCGCAGGUGAACUGGUGCAGAUGACUCCGGACGGGAGCGUGAAAGCCACACUCCCCUGCGCGCCGGAGUAUGAUCGGUCUGUAUACGUGGACGAUGUGCAAUGGCUGGAAAAUCAUGUGUUCCUCCUUACGUACAAUUCGGUGCCGACAUCAGCAGAGCCUGUGCACGACACAGAUGUAUUUGUUCUGCUUCGUGAUGCGAAGGCCAACACACUAACGUACGGCGCCUUCCCGUACGACGUAGCACCGCCGUUUGGCGAUACGAGUCGGUUGGGACAUCGCUACGUUGCCGCACUACGAAUGUGGGCACCGAUGAAGCACUUUGUGUUUAUGACAAAUACGGCGAGCACGGAUGUAGGUGUCAUGGCAUGUCAAGAAGGCUCAGGUCCCCAAGCAUGGCAGGCUUUGGAGCUGGAAGAAACGUCUCGACCUGUGUUGCCUUUUUCCUCGGUGGAUGAGUCGUCCGAUACAUCGCCUAUUGGUAUGGCCAUGGAUCUUACCGCCUCGGAUCCUGUGCCAGACCCCAAUGCAGCCUCCAAAGGCGAAGAUCCCGCAGCGACGUUGCCCGCGAUGCCAAUUCUUUACGUGUAUACUAGCGACGGAGUCCUUUUGGCCUACCAUGUCAUUUACACAGACGCAACAGCAGCUUACCCCGGUAUGAUUACGCCUGGGACGGCCUCUACUGCGCCUGCGAAGAAGGACACUCCAUCGCAGGCGCCUUCAACGCCAGCCUUUGGUGCGUCCACGACACCCUCGUUUGGAUCGACAUCGACGCCAGCCUUUGGUGCGUCCAUGACACCCUCGUUUGGAGCGACAUCGACGCCAGCCUUUGGCUCGACCUCCGCCUUUGGCACUGUAUCCAAGCCAGCGUUUGGCUCGACCUCCGCCUUCGGUAGCACGCCCUCUACAAGCUCCGCAUUCGGGACGUUUAGCGGUGCUACAUCGGCAUUUGGCGGAGCUGCUGCGCCGAAGCCCGCAUUUGGUCAAACAUCCGCUUUUGGGAAGCCUAACACCCCAUCGGCCUUCGGCCAAGCCAGCACCACGUCGGCCUUUGGGCAGUCAGGUACAUCUGCCUUUUCUGCCAUGUCAUCGAAACCUAGCGCGUUUGGGACAGCGAGUCAAGGCGCUUCUUCCUCGGUGUUUGGCUCAGGCGGAAGUUUUGGCAGCACGUCCAAACCUGUGUUUGGCGGUGCAACGCCAGCGCCCAAAUCGACGGCAACUCCGGACGACGAUAUGGCGCAAGAGGAUAACACUAGCGCAGGGACCUUCUCGUUUGGGUCGUUGGACGCUAUGCUCUCCAAGCCUAAAGAAAGUGCAGCGACAUUUGGGUUUGGACAGACGCCUUCGAAACCGCAGACAUCGCUUUCCUUUGGUCAAAGUGUGGCAGCCAAGGAUACGUCCAUAACGUCAGCGGAAGGUGAAUCCAUGUCGACAGACCAUAUGGCCACCGAUACAAGUACGAGCAAAGACACCAAACAUACCCCCAGUGCGUCCCCUGAUAUGCCGCCAUCAAAACCUGAAUCUGAAUCGAAGCAGGGACACCAGGAUGAGGUGGGUGCCCCGUCGGAUGAAAAGGGCCAGGACGGCGCGAAGGCCAAGGUUUCAACGGGAUCGAACGACGUUGAUGCCUCUACGCCAGCGAUAGAUGUGGCUGCUGCAAGCAACGUGUCUGCCUCCUCCCCCGAUGAGAAAAGUGGAAAGGCUGCACUAACGACCUUGACAGGCUCAGGCUUUUCAUUUGCGAAGCCUAGUGGCGACAUACCUGCUUUUUCGUUCUCCCAGCCGUCUGCGACACCAGCAGAAAGCAUGGCCAAAGACGAACCAAAAGAGACAGAAACAAAGUCAUUGAGCAAUGCCUUUGCAUCGUCGAAACAGGAUAGUACGACACCACUAUCUAGUCCUAAACAGGACAAGGUGACAACGGAGAAGCCGGCUUUCUCAUUCGCUAAGUCAGCUAGCGAGGAUACCGCAUCGAAGCCGACAUUCUCAUUCUCCAAGCCAGCGGAGUCGGCAAAGUGGGCGGACCAAGCUAAGUCGUCCGAAGAGAAGGACACGAAGCAGCUCUCCAGUGCUACAGCAGAAAAGGAGAAGGACACGAAGCCGGCCUUUUCAUUCGCGAAGGUCUCUGAAAAAACGGACACAACACCGUCUUUCUCGUUUGCCAAGCCUACGGUAGAAAAGGAAACGAAGCCCACGUUCUCGUUUGCCAAGCCGUCGGAAGAAAAGAAGGACGCUAAGCCUUCAUUCUCCGUGCCUAAACCGACUGAUGAGAAGCCUGACACUCAGCCUUACUUCUCGUUUGCUAAGCCGGCAGAGAAGACAGAAACAAAUCCUGCCUUCUCGUUCGCGAAACCUUCAGAAGAGAAGGCGGCUGCACCGCUAGACGACAAGAAAGAAGCAAGGCCCUCCGAUCAGAAGACAGAGACUAAGCCAACUUUCUCCUUUGCCAAGGCAACAGAAGAGAAGGGGACGAAGCCAUCGUUCUCCUUUGCCAAGCCCUCAGACGAGAAGGAUGCCAAACCGACUUCUUCUUUGGCAGGGACAGAGGACAAGAAAGAUCCGAGACCUUCGUUCUCGUUCGCUAAGCCUGAGGCAGAGAAGGAAGAGAAACCUAGCUUUUCGUUUGCCAAGCCGUCAGCAGCAAAGGCCGAUACUCAACUGGCUUUCUCAUUCGCCAAACCUUCCGAAGAGAGGAAAGAGACUACCGUGUCGGACAAGAACGUCGAAACAAAGCCGUCCUUUUCUUUUGCCAAACCGUCGGAAGAGAAGAAAGAGACGAAGUCUACGUUCUCGUUUGCCAAGCCUACGGAAGGAAGGGCAGACGCUACGCCAUCCUUUUCAUUCUCCCAACCUUCGGAUGCGAACAAAGACAUCCCUUCUUCGAAAGAGAAGGAGACGGCCUCGUCCGAUGGCAAAAAGGACGAGCCGAAAUUCUCCUUUGCCAGGUCGUCCGAAGAGAAGGAGGCCAAACCAGCAAGUGACAGCACUGCAUCAAAGCCUAGCUUCUCGUUCACCCAGCCCGCAGAAGCAAAGACCGAUGUCGCGCCUUCUUCCGCGCUGGCUACGCCGCUCAACGACAAAGCCAAGACUGAGUCUAACGAGAAAGCGAGUGCUGUGUCGCCCCUUGCGCUACCAAAGUCUGCCGGUAGUGUAGAAGCUCUGCCAGGAAAGAAAGAAAACGAAAAAGAGUCAAGUUCUAAGGUGGCCUCUACGCCAACGUUCUCUUUCGCCUCGGCAGCGAAGGCAAACGAGACGAAGGCCCACUCGGACACAGCAAGCGAAACGAAGCCAGCGAGUGCCUUUUCAUUGGCCAAGCCUAGUAGCAGUACCCCUGCACCUGCUUUUGCUUUUGCUACGCCAAGUGGCGCUACCGCCUCGAGUGCGUUCUCAUUUGCCAAGCCGACGGAGAGCACAGCAUCCUCAUCCGCGUUUGCCUCGGCCAAAGCUGGACAGACGCUGACGAGCGACAAGGGCAUAACGUCGGAUACCCGCGCAGCGCCAACGCUCGAGCCUACAGCAGGUAAGGCCGGCGUUGCUCUUUCGGCCACGGUGCCCGAGAUUGACUUGAGCCAUGUUCCUACGCCCUCUGUCCCGCAAGAAGAGCAUGCCUUGCAAACCGAGUUUGCGAAGAUUUAUAUGAUGCUGACAGAGGAGCUGAAAACACUCAAAGACCAGGCGCAAGCGAGCUCCAAGUUCUUUGAAGCGCUAUCGCAGCCAUCCACGCAUCCCAAAGAAAUCAAAGACUUGGCCAAGAUGGAGGCAUGGGUCUUUGGCGAUAUGCCAUCGCUAGCCAAGAUCACAGGGACGUUGGAUGACGAUCUGCAUACGGCCGAGUCGAGUGUCAGCGCGACGCAGCAGCGUGUAUCGGACAUGGACAGUACCCAACUCAAGGUGGACGUGAAGCGCGACGAGGCUGCACGAUUCCUACGUGCGCGACAAGAUCCUGAAUUUGCUAAGCUGGUGCGUGUGCGACACUUGGGCCCUGAGCAUACAGAGAACCAGUGGCGCCUGCGCCGUACGACGCAUUUGAUUCGGGAGCGAAUGCAGGAGUUGGAGGAGUACUUACGUGAUGUGCAGACGUCCACCGCACAUGCGAAGCAAGGACGACCCGCCAUGCGUGUGCCAUCCCUGGACUCAAUAUACCGGUCUGUGGACAAUAUCAGUACGUUGGUCUCCGACAAGCUUGCGGAGCUCGACAGAAUUGAGAAGGACGUGACGGAGCUUCUUCCCAAGGCUAAGGUGGAUCGUGGAUCCACGCCUGCGCCUGUACAACGUCGUCCUCUUGAAACGCUGACCGACUUGGAGUCCGUCCUACCGAAUGUCGAUGCGGACGAGUCUGUGGUACACGUUGCGAUGCACGAUGCGUUGGUCGAUGCUUUGUUCCAUGCCCAAGCUACGCCUUUGCUGACCAAGGCCGAGGAGGCUGAGGACGUAGCGACGCUGCGGCAUCUUCGUGGCGGACCUGUGUGCCUACGCCGCCUUCGUGCCGCUUCUACAGCGACCUCGUCACCCGUGCCACCGCCCACUAAAGAAUCCGACGGACGGCCUUCGCCCGCUGAAGCUCCGUCGGAACCUGUGAACUUUUUGCGGACGUCUACACUCGGCGGUCCCGUCGGCCAUCAGACACCGUCGACCCCUGUCUCAGCUUUCCGACGCAGUGCUUUGCCUACGUUCUCGGCAAGCACGAAAGAGGGGUCUACACCGUCGGACCGCCAUCGUGCACGCCUUCGCAUGUAG